GCGGAGUGUGCCUCAGGUCAACGCCCCGCGGCGAUAACUGGGGCUACACUCACCGCCUUUGGCAGAAUCCCGCGAAAGCCAUCGAAUAGUGGCGGCGACCACAAAUCUAUCUCAAAGAUUCUUCCCCGCAAGAAACUCUUGCGACAUCCUCUGCACACUGCGCCACCGCUAUACGCCUGUGUGUGCUGCAUUUUUUUUUUACCAAAUACUGCACCUUUUCAAUCAUUCUAAGCGUGCCUCAGCGCGUGCGAUUCCGCAAAAAUGGCGACGACAGUGGACAAGAUCAAGGAGAUUGAGGCCGAGAUGGCCAAGACUCAGAAGAACAAGGCGACAUCAUAUCACUUGGGACAGUUGAAGGCUAAGCUUGCGAAGCUAAAAAGAGAGCUCCUCACUCCUUCUGGUGGUGGAGGUGGUGGAGGUGUCGGUUUCGACGUUGCCCGUACUGGUGUCGCGAGUGUGGGAUUCAUUGGCUUCCCGUCCGUGGGGAAGAGUACGUUGAUGAGUAGAUUGACUGGCCAGCAUUCCGAAGCUGCCGCAUACGAGUUCACAACCUUGACGACUGUCCCUGGACAGGUCAUAUAUAACGGUGCGAAGAUCCAGAUCCUGGACUUGCCCGGUAUCAUUCAAGGAGCCAAGGACGGCAAGGGUCGUGGUCGGCAGGUUAUCGCUGUCGCAAAGACCUGUCACCUCAUCUUCAUUGUUCUCGAUGUCAAUAAGCCUCUAACGGACAAGAAGAUCAUCGAGAACGAGUUGGAGGGAUUCGGAAUCAGGAUCAACAAGCAACCUCCCAACAUCGUCUUCAAGAAGAAGGACAAGGGCGGCAUUUCCAUCUCCGCUACGGUCCCAUUGACUCACAUCACCCAUGACGAAAUCAAAGCCGUGAUGAGCGAGUAUAGGAUCUCCUCUGCUGAUAUUGCUAUUCGGUGCGACGCGACUAUCGACGACCUGAUCGACGUUCUGGAGGCCAAGAGUCGAAGCUACAUCCCCGUCAUCUAUGCUCUGAACAAGAUCGACUCGAUUUCAAUUGAGGAGCUGGACCUUCUGUACCGGAUUCCUAACGCGUGCCCCAUCAGUUCGGAACAUGGCUGGAACGUUGACGAGCUUCUGGAGCAAAUGUGGGAGAAGCUCAACCUCCGAAGAAUUUAUACCAAACCCAAGGGCAAGCAGCCCGAUUAUACGGCUCCAGUUGUUCUGCGGUCCACCGCGUGUACUGUCGAAGACUUUUGCAACGCAAUCCACAAGUCGAUCGUGGAGCAGUUCAAGCAUGCUAUCGUCUAUGGUCGUUCCGUGAAGCAUCAGCCACAGAGAGUCGGUCUUGCUCACGAACUUGCAGAUGAGGAUAUCAUUACAAUUGUUAAGCGAUAAACGGCCACUCCCAAUGCUGAACACUUCCCCUGUCCGCAUGAAGAGCUGGAGAGCCGAUCAUGAGGACCUGGCCUAUAGCUGACUUGCGCCUGG